AUGAAAUACUGCAUCAUUUGCGGAAUACCCUUCACCAGGAGCCUUAACGAGGCCUGGAUUGAGAAUGUUCGGGCGGUUUGGAUUGAGGGCACAAGCUGGAAGCGCACGGCUGUCUCUGGCGUUGGACGAUGCGGAGAAUACGAUGAUAUCCCUUCGGUGAUUGUCCCAGAGAAUUUCCAUUCUCGCCACGAUAGCCGCUCUGGGUCAGGACCUACCAUCGACGUUGGCUUGACGCCGAGCGAUCCAACAAUUUUCAUUGAUCCCGAGGCAGCUGAUGAGGCCUGGGGCUAUGGCUUCCAUGAAUCGUGCUGGUCCAUAUUCACAAAGAAUUACACACCAAAUCUUGACAACCUUUUUGCAGUUUGUCUUUCUAUGCCGACUGACGCGAAUAGCCUGAUAGAUUGGGGCCAUGAUUACGGGGGUGCUUCCAAGAUUGAACAAAUGUACGAUAUGCCUGUACGAACCAGUUGUUUCUGUUCCUGGACAUCUGUACCUCCAGCGAUGCGAUCGGAUCCAUACUACAUCCCCAGCCUUGUCAAAGCCAUUGAGGGCGCUGUACACCUACAAACAGACGUCUUCAUGAGUCGCUUCGAACCAACGGUGCAAUGUCUCAAAAGCGACGCAUUCUCUCGCUUAGUCCCGGAACUUCUUCAAGCAAUUGUUAUACUUCUACCGACAUCAGAUGUUCGCUCCGUACGGCUUGCAUCUCCUGUCUUUGCAACCUUGGAGUUAGCCGAAAGCUUCUGGGCAUCACGCUUCCAACCUGGUCACGAGUUCGAUUAUUUGCCUGAAGUUCAUGACAGGCCUCCUGAAUCAUGGAUGGCCUUGUAUCAUUCGCUGAACAUAUGGGCACGCGAGGUCCCCUGUCUUGUCAACCGCCGCCGGGUCUGGGGUCUUGCUAAGCGUCUUCAAGCCACCCUUACUCAAAUGGUCUACGUUUCCUGCCAAGGAUCUCCUUUGAGCACGUGUUUUGAAACCUUGCCCGGUGGCCUGGGUCAAAAUAUCUCUGAAAAUGAAGUGCUAUGGCAUACAGCUUCACGCGCCGUUGCCGACCCAGGAAAAAGCUUCCACUACGGCUCUCGAGUUUUGAGGGCUCGAGCGCUAUACUUCCCAGAGCCUGUGAAACUCCGGCAAAUGUCCGUAUCAUUUGUUCAUACAGAGGGCGGAAGCUUCAUCUCAGGCUUACGUCUGGUUGAUAACGAUGGAAGAUCUCAUGCUUUGGGAUACCAGCACGAGGAAACUAUGUACCAUCUGUUACUUCCUCUUGAUAAGCCUAUCCAGGGAUGGGAACUCGCCAUGGAUUUAUGCGGUGUCAAGGGAAUUGCCGCUGUUUGCAGUGAUGGAACACUCACUGGCUGGGCAGGCGAAUCAGCUGGUCUCCCAAGGUGGCGAUUAAAAGGAACCCAAGGACUUUCUGCAGUCAAAGCUGAGUUCGAUGCUCUGAAGCUUGUUUCACUUAGUCGCGACAAAUUACCCGAUCAGGAGACCUGGCUGAACAACUGUUUGUGGUAUGCAGAAGUACCCAGAGAAGGGUUACUAUUUAAUGGAAGCAGAGGUGAUGAGCCACGAGCCAAAUACAAUCUUCCAGUAACCACCGUUUCUUUCGGCGGACCAGAUGGUCAAUAUCUGUCCCAACUGUCGGAAAUUGUCGUAUGGGUCUUCGACAUUUGUCAUGUGACGGGGAUCGAGUUCCGCUACACAGAGAGUUCACAUGACUGCCAACUUGGUUAUGUUGGCCCGUUCGACGAGAACUACCCCGGUCGUAGGAACUUCACUCCAGACUCUCAUGAUAGCACAGCAUCCUUCCCCAUUGAUGGCGCUUCGGGUGAGAGAUUGUCUCGUAUUGACGUACAGACGAGUGGAUCACAUAUAGUUGGGCUCAAGCUUCGAACCAAUCUCGACCGAACUGUUCAAACGCCCGACUACCCUUACGGAACAGACAGAGGCUGGACUACUGUUCAUGGGAAAGGCUCCCAAAUUGUUGGCAUGUUCGCUACCCUUAGUCGGCCUUUCUGGGAUCUGGGUCUUCUAUCGAUAUAG